AUGUCUACUACAUUAACGACCAGUUCCUCUAAGGAUGGGAACAGACCAGCAAAGAAAAUCGGUGUUUAUACGAUAGGGCAAGAGAUUGGAAAGGGUUCCUUCGCCACUGUCUACAAAUGUGUAAAUAAUGUAAGUAUCAUAGAAAUUAUGGAGCAAUAUCAGUGCACAGAAGAAACAGCUUUACUAACAUGUCUCAAGCAAACUCAUGAAUCGGUUGCGAUUAAAUCAGUGGUGAGAUCAAAGUUGAAAUCAAAAAAAUUGAUGGAGAAUCUAGAAGUUGAAAUCUCAAUCUUAAAAUCAAUGAAGCAUCCACAUAUAGUUGGGCUCUUAGAUUAUCACCAAACAACAUCGCAUUUUCAUUUAGUUAUGGAUUACUGUUCUAUGGGAGAUUUAUCUUACUUCAUCAGGAAAAGGAAUCAAUUGGUAAAGACUCACCCCGUAAUAACGUCUUUAUUGGAACGAUAUCCCUCCCCAGAGGGAUCACAUGGGUUGAAUGAGAUUUUGGUGAUUCAUUUUUUAAAGCAAUUGGCAUCGGCUCUUGAAUUUCUAAGAGACAAAAGUUUAGUUCACAGAGAUAUAAAGCCACAAAAUUUGUUGUUAUGCCCCCCGAUACAUUCUAAAAAGGAGUUCGAGGAAGCCAAUUUUGUUGGCUUAUGGGAGCUACCUAUAGUUAAGAUAGCAGAUUUUGGCUUCGCUAGAUUCUUGCCGUCAACUUCGAUGGCAGAGACUCUAUGUGGAUCGCCAUUGUAUAUGGCUCCAGAAAUUUUGAGAUACGAGAAAUAUAACGCUAAAGCUGAUUUAUGGUCUGUUGGUGCUGUUUUGUAUGAAAUGACCGUUGGGAAACCUCCAUUUAAGGCUGCUAAUCAUAUUGAACUUCUAAAAAAUAUUGAAAAGUCGAAUGAUAAAAUCAAAUUUCCUUCUGCAGCACAAGUUCCAGAAUCUUUAAAAAGGCUCAUCAAAUCUUUAUUAAAGUAUAAUCCCACGGAACGUAUCUCAUUUCAUGAAUUUUUUAAUGAUCCCUUAAUUACUUGCGACUUGGAAGGAAAUGAUGAACCUUUGGAAACUUCAGAAAUGGAUGAGAAUCUAUUCAUAAGCGAAUACAUAUCACCGCUUAAACCCAACCAACAAUCACAGUAUAUUCAACCAAUAACCGAAAUGUCACCUAAGUCAAAGACUUCGGAAUCGCAAAUGAAGACUGUUAUAGUUGCCAAAGGUAAUCGUUCCGAAAGAGAUGAGGAAAUAAAGAGCAUAAUUGAUAAGAAUAGUCCUGAUCCUGAAGGGCCAAAUCACUUGAGUAACUCACAUAACAAUAGGUCCCUGGUCAUGAAGAAUAGGGAUGAUAUAAUACUAGAGAAAGAUUAUGUUGUAGUAGAGAAAAGAGCAGUUGAGGUUAAUGCAAUAGCUGACGAACUUGCUCAUGCAGGUAGUGGUGCUUUGGCCAUUAACAGAUCACGGCAGUCGACUGAUUUUCAUUUGAGCAACGAAGCGGCGAAGUCAACUAACGAACGCUUUAGAGCAGGCUCAUCUGGGAGUCAAAGGAGGCCAAGUAUAACGGAUAGAAUUUCGAUUUCAAUUUCUCCGACUAGUGCUUUAAGCAAAGCGAUAGGUCUUGCUUCGAAUAGACUAUUUGGCACAGCAGCAAAUAAUUUGGCAGACGAUGCUAAUUUCAAGCUAGUUUCAGAUAAUUCAGGUUUUCCAAACCCUUCAAAUGCUACACUUUCAACAGUCAUAUCAAGUCCUAAUUUUGCAAGUAAUCUUUUACUACAAAAAGUAACUUUACCUUCUUCGUCGACCAUGAAUGCAAAUGCUCAGCAGCAGCAGAAAAGAGUAUUGGGCCCAGAUGAAGAAGUUUUGAUGAAAUUGGAAUCUUUAGCUACGAAAGCACAUGCCAUUGAUUUAUUUGCGGAUGUCAAGUUUAGUCAAUUGAUUCCUAGUCCUCCCUCUUCUGAUGACUUGGACGAUAAUAUUUUGCACCAAAAUGAUUCAUUACCUCCAAAAGUGAUAAAAUCUAUAAGUGAAGAAGGUGUUGUCCUUUAUGUUAAGACAUUAUCACUUUUAGCUAAAGGAAUGUCGACCGCAAGUGAAUGGUGGUACAAGAAUUUUGAUAAAGAAGAAACAAGUAACAUAGAAGAUCAGAAAUCGUUGAAUCUAAAAUCUAAUUCAGACCAGAUUCAAAUUUCUGUUCGUAUCAAUGAACUCGUGCAAUGGAUCAGAGAAAAAUUCAAUGAGAGCUUGGAGAAGGCCGAAUUUAUUAGAUUGAGAUUGCAAGAAGCAAAUACUGUACUUGCAAAGGAGCUUAACGAAACUGGGGACUCAGUUUCGUUCUCGGAUAAUACGAAUAGGGUUAUCGCUGAAAAGUUGAUAUUUGAUCGUGCUUUAGAGAUGUCUAGGAAUGCAGCAGUUAAUGAAUUAGUGAAAGAGGAUUUAAGGGGUUGCGAGUUGGCGUAUAGCACAGCUAUAUGGAUGUUAGAGGCUCUCAUCGAGGAUGAACCAAAUGAGAGCGAUGAGAGGCUUGACGAAGAUGAUAAAGCUAUGGUCGAAAAGUUUAUUAUCAGCAUUGGAAAUAGGUUGUCAGUCUUGAAGAAAAAGCUCGAAUUGGUGUAA